ACGUAAACAAACACAAAACCCAAUUCGCUGCCGGUUGUUCAAUUUCACUAAAAUUCACCUUCCUUUAGGUUGUCGCGAUGAACGAAAUCAACCACAAAACCGUAUUUGUGCUCGACCACACGCCCUACUUCGGAAUAUCAUGCGAAAGUCCAAUCGAUUGCGAUUUUAUCAAGAGUAAGGUGCCGGUGCCUCCGAUCAGCAAGAGCCUGUGGACGUGUGCGGUAGAGGCUUCCGUCGAGUAUUGCCGCAUAGCGUACGAUCUGUUUCCCGUCGGAAAGUUGAUACGGUUCGUGGUGAGUGACACGGCGGCCCACAUCGUGAACACAUGGAACACGGGCACCCAAACGCUGACGCACAUACUGAACGCGAUGACGAUGGUUGGCGUGCCUCCGCGCCAAACGCAAGCCUCGGACUAUUCGGUGAUACAUGGUUUGCGGGCGGCUAUCGAAGCACUGGCAGAACCGACCGAAUUUCAGAAGGAACAAAUACUUGCCCACUCGAAGAGCGACAGCUUUAAGCUCGUAAAUCGCGGCCGGGUGAUUUGCAUUACCUCGGCCCGGGAUGACGCCAGUAUGAAGAGCUUGGAGGACAUUUUCCGGACGGUGCUGGUGCAGCAAAAUACGAUAGCCGGGCACAAGGAUUACAUCAGCAUUGACCAGUGCCACCUGGUAAUCAUCAACCUGUACCCGGCCAACAUGGAAUCGAUGGUUUCGAACCGCGCGCUCAUCGACAUUUCGCCCAUACUGAUGUCGGAGAUACACUCGAACAAGGCGAACAGCAUAUCGAACAAGCUGACCAACCUGAUCCUGCCACACUUUGAUCUAGCAAGCACAACGGUUACCGGGAUACCGAUGAAGGAGGAGCAAAAUGCCAGCUCCAGCGCUAACUACGAUGUGGAGAUUUUUCACGGUCGUACGGCUCACUCGGUGUUUCUCGGGACGGAGCUGGUUCUUCCGCACAGCUUGAAGGAAGGUUCGGACUACGAAACGGUCACACUGAAGUGGUGCACUCCGCGCAGCUGUGGCUCCUCGGAAAUGCAACCCUGUCUGGCGCAGUGCCGUGUCACACCGGUCGAUGUUACGUCGCGGCCAAGCUCAUGCCUGAUCAACUUCCUGCUCAGCGGCCGUUCGGUGCUGCUCGAGAUGCCGAAAAAAUCGGGUGGAAAAAUUACGAGCCAUCUGCUGUCGGCGCACGGAGGAGAGAUUUUUAUCCACUCGCUCAAUACCGCCCGCAGCUGUUUGGAGGAUCCACCCUCCAUAUCGGAAGGUGGUGGCGGACGGGUGACGGACUAUCGUAUAAAAGAUUUCGGCAUGCUAAUGCAACAACACCGCCUCAUCCCACUGAAACCAAUGCCCGAGCGGCAACCGGACGAGAGUUUGCUGAAGAUGCGCACAAAGCUGUCACGCAACUCGCGCUACUGGCCACUAACCCUCGGACGUACGGUGCUGUACAACAUACGCCACUUUGUGGAACCGAUACUGCUGCUGACCCAAAAACCGGAACUGUCGGAAGACGAGAAAAUGAUGUGCCUCAAAUCGAUCUACAAUCUGUCGCAGCUGGAGGAACGCCAGGAAACGAUAGCCAUGCCCAACAUGGGUCAUCGCUUGAAGGGCAACAAAAAGGAAGAACAGUACCGGUUGCUCUGGUCGGAGCUGGAAACGGUGGUGAACUAUAAUGGUACGUCCCCCAACCAUAAGGCCAUCGUAAGCUGCAUUCGCGAGUGUCGGCGGAUGUACCCGAACGUGGACGGUAGCGACGCGCAUGACAAAUCGCAGGGUAGCGAAGGAAGUAUGUCCGAUGCGCACCGUGCCAGUGUGAUUCGAGCCACAACCGAUUCACCCAUGUCUCCGCCACAUUCGAUGAGUAGCAACGGUGGUGGUGGUGGUGCCAGUAGCACAAGCGGCAGUGCUGUCGUACCAGCGGAUCCUUCCUCUUCCUCGGCAGCCGUCACGCUGGGAGCGAGCAGUACAGCCGGCAUUGUUGGGUUACUUGGAGCACGGACGGGCGUGGCUAGCAGCACCAAGAAAAGCUUCGGUUCGGGCGGACGAUCGCUGUUCGACGUGUUGGCCACUACGGAGCGGACCAUCAGCCAGAAGCGUAUCGAUUUCAGUGGAAGGCUUUGUACGCCCACGGGACAGGUCGCAAAACUGUAUUCUCACAUUGGAUCGAAAGAUGCGGAAAGUGCACCAGGCAGACCGGCGGAUGUAAAGUAAGGCCGGGAGGUGAAACACAACCUACUUCUCACGAUCGUGCAUACUUUGGCGGUUUCUAUCGUUUUACUGAACUUCUGUCAGCGUUAAUCGACAGUUAAACAAUUGAAAUUUGGUUUCUGCAUCAAAUGUUUCAGCUCUUUUUGGGCCUUUGGGAGCAGUUGCUAGAAAAGGUCAUUAGAUAGAAGUCUGUUAAAAAAGCAUUGGUCAAUGCUCAAUUCGGUUGAGGGUGAUUUCGAUUGACAACGCCAUCUGAGUUGGCGACUAUCCGUCCCAGGAUACUCUGUUCUCCACCGUAGAGACGAAUCAGAUUCAGUCGUACUGAUCGGUCAAGAUCAAAUUGAACUUUAACUUGAGUCAAAUUGUAAAGCUGCAUAUAUCAAAAUCCAGGGUCCAUGAUCCCAGGGUCAGUAUAUCCUCCUCUGUGGCACUGCAAUCUCGAGAGUUCUUGGGCAGCCAUUGUGAGAUAAAAGUGCCCAGGGAUCCGAGCACCAGGAUAUCUUAGCCCUUGCUGUGUGUCAUCACUGUUUACGAAGGCCAAAUCAUUCACACCCACAUGGGACAGAAAGAAAGACGUGUUUUGAAGCAUAAAAAAUAGUACUUUUUUAUUUUUCAGUUUUUCUUACCGUUUUUCUUUGAUCAGUAAAAAAUAGUUAAAAAAUUAAACUACCUUGAUAGGAAUACAAAAAUUUGCUCUACCUCCGUGUUUCUUUUUCUCCUCCCUUCAUCAUCCCUUAUGUGUUUGCUUACAAGGGCUUCCUUCUCCAAAACAUUUUCCAACCAUUUUGCUGCCCACUCUACCACGGUAAGAUGGCACACAGUUCUCUGUGCUUAGGUUUUUUUUAAUAACUUUUCGAACCGUUGUUUCGUUAUGUACCGUGUCGCAUUCGCAGCAGAGUGGCGCAGUAAGGGAUGCGAUCUGAUCUUCACUUGUUUAUGGUUGAAAUGGGUAUUGAAUAUCGCUCCACUCGCGCUCAUCAUCAUGCUUGCGGGUUCAAAACGCAGUAACAAUUUCACACUCGACAGCGAGGGAUGUUGGAGUCGGAGUUGAUUUGGUUUUGCCAUGCUCCUCACUCGUCUUCACACGUGCCUAUUGUACACCGCAUUUUCCAGGUGGUUUCGGGUUUUCCUCAUGUGCUUUCACACACACACACACACGCACAUCCCUUCCAUUGCACUGUUUUAAUGUUUUCUGCUUUCAUUUACUGUUGCUCUUGUUUCGGUUUUCUUCUUCCGGGGUCGCUUUCCUCCACCCCAUUAUUUGCCAUUAUUUGCUCGACACGCAGCACGACAUUUGUUACCUUAUUUUGUCUUGUCUUCCGGUUUUCUUUUGUUUGUGUGUUUUUUUUUUGUUGUCUUUAAUUUAUUUUCACUAGAACCUACACUCUAAACUGUAAAAAAAGGGUCAUCAAACUAUGGGCGUCUACAUUUUUUGGUCUAUAUAGACGGAUGUAAUAAAAAACAGCUAGAACAGUAAUAAACCUCUAAAUAUUUUUUUUUGCUUUGUUUGGUUUUUUCACUUCCCACUCUUCCACACUUCUCCCUUACAUGUAUAAUGUGUGUGUGUUUGUAUUUUCGCGUAUUUUUCUUGUGUUUUGUGUCUGUGAGUGUCUGUUUCUUUUUAAAUGUUCAAACGGUUUUUGGGGUUUUUUUUUAUUCCGUUUGAUUUUGCUUGUUUUUUACUCUCUGCUGCUGCUGCAUUCUCAUUCAGUGUUAUUAUUAUUAUUUUUCUUUUGUUUCAUAAUAAUUAUUAUUUCAUAGUCAUUUGUUUAAUUAAUUACUAUUUAUUGGCUAAUAAAUUUGCUUCGUUCUUUCUUUUUUUUUUCUUCUGUAGUCCAAUGUGUGUGUGUGUGUGUUUGUUUUGUAUGUUUUGAGUUGUCGGGGGUUUAUUCGUACUAUUUUAUAUGCAAUGUAAACUUAAUUUAGUUCAUUAACCUUUUGCCUCUUUCGCAUUAUUUGUUUUUGUUUUACCACGUUUUCGCAGUUUUUCGCAGACAAAAUCAAAUGGGUUUGAACUUAAACUGGAAGAAAGCGCGGUUGGACGAACUGCGGUUCUGUGGUAACAGCGCUUGUCACAAGCCUAAAAACUGUUAACCAAACCGGGACUGGUAGAAAACGUUCACUGCACGUGAUAAUACUUAAUCCCUUUCAUUAGAAAGAAAUAUAAAGUGUUUGAGAAAAAAGAAACAACAAUUCUUACUAGCAAAACACUUCCAAAAACUAAAGUGAAAAAAGAAAAACGCUUUCGCUACCUUCGCUAUAACACGAGCAAUAGAUAACAACAACAACAGAACAACACGUAAUCUUAGUUAAAAAGGAUUGCAUUUGCUACGAUUUGCGUUUGAGAGUUCGAUUUCCUUCUGCUCAAGCUGUAUCCGUGUGUGUGUGUGGUUGUGUUUGUUUUCUCUGUAUUACUUUCAUGUUUUCCUUAAUAUCGUCCUUGCUUUUCCUUGCUUUUUAAACUAUUAAACUCUCGCGACAUUUAUCUGCUUCCGAUACAUAUAUGCUUGCAAAACGACGUUCAACUUCUUAUCAUGUUACCGCGUAAAACACACACACACACACAUUGCCAAAAACAUUGCUUCUCGCUGGCUUUCUUUUGCACGGCUUUUUUUUAUCAAAACAACGCAAUUGCAAAUGGCCGAUUUUUAUAGAAAAAAAAACUUCUCUAAAGUAAUGCCAAAAAUCAAUACAAAUUUUAUCCACACGCAGGGCGCAAAUGUGUGUGUGUACGGGAGGGAGGAGCGAGCAUUGGAAUUUUGACCAUUUUUUUGGUUUCGGGGGGUUUUUUUUUUAAUUUUAUCUACUUUUGUUGUAGCAUUUUAAGCAGUUCGCUUUUGCGGUGCUUUAUGGGAGGGAUUAUAAAGGGGAGAAGGAUUCGAAGGGCAGCGGCCCGGGAAGGACUUUCGUGGACUAUGCUCGUAUUGCUCCGUCGUUUCCUUUCAUUGGUGUGUGUGUGUGUGCGUCUGUUGGGAAAAUUUGGUUGUUUCGUCGCUUUUGUUUCUGUGUUCACCCACCACACGCUCUCGUAUGUGUGUUGUUGUUUCUUUUAAUCUCACUUUGAUCCACCAGGUUUAAGGUUUUGUAUUUUUUGAAUGAUUUAAUUUUUGUUAAAAAACGUCAGCUACAAGUAUAAAAAACAUUUCUCAUCAUGAGUCUAAAGUUUUACACAAUUCUCCGUAUUUUUUUGUUUUGUUUUGCUUUUUUUGCUUGUUUCACGCUAACCCGCGGCAAACCCACACGCUGGCAGGCCGCCCGGAUGACGAAUGACACACGCACGCCAUUUUCUCGGGCGUACUACCCGCGCCACGUGGCUACGGCCCGGUUUAGGGGAUGCAUUUCUCUGUGUGGGUGUUGCUCCUAUUUUACUCCCCCUCCCAACUGGUCGUCUAAGGUGGUUUUUGCACUUUUAUCGUUAAUUUUGACAGUUAUUAGAAACGUUCAUGUGUUGCGUGUUUCGCCGCUGUGUUAUUAAUUUUUUUCCCCGCUUUUUCUUCCAUAUUAGUGUUUGCAUCAAACGGUUUGUAGUCGUCGUUUUUCAUUGUUUUUUUUGUUGCUAAACUGCUACGCGAAGAAAUGAUCUUUCUCCCUUUCCUCGCUUUAUAAAGUGUUGGCGGGCGAAUGCACGCGCGCGCGAGAGAGACAUUCCCAUCCCGGUUUUGCUACACGUUUAUGUAGUUGGUUUAGUUUUAAGUAUUAUAAUAUUUCGUGAAAAAAUGCUCUAAAAUUAGAAUCCAAAAUCUACUCAAAAGAUUUAUGUUCGCUUUCGCUUUCGCUUUCCAUUAUUGAACCCACCGUCCAUCCGUUUGCUCCGGCGCAACAGUAUGGUGGUGCGCUUGUGGCUAUGUGUAUUAAGAGUAUAGAGUUUAUGCAUUGGGGUUUAAUUUUCCAUACUUUUGGAGAAGUGUUUUUCCGCUUUAAUUUUUUUUACGUUUGCCAAAUUUUCCCUCCCAGCUGCCGUACUGCCGAUCGUUCCGGUUCAUGCCAGGCCAAGACAUAAACCGAUAUUCGGUGCUCGGUUUGGGGUUUUUGUUUUCGUUUUCAAUUGGUUGGAGAUUAUUAUAGAGGAUGCGUUAAAUUCUUUUUUUUUUUGCAUUAAAUUUUACCCUUCUUGGUAAUGCGUUUGAGCCUUCUAUCUUCGCUAUCCACAACUUAUAUUUUGCUUUCACUAAUUUUCUUCUUUGAUGGAACGUUUCUUCCCUCUGCGUGCGUGUGUGUGUUUUCUUUUGCUUCUUAGCAUAAAACACAUUGCAAUCGACCCGUUAUUCCUUAUGUUAAAUCUUUGUUUUUUUAUUAUUAACGCUUUUGUUUCAUUGCUUUUCUUUGUCGGUUUCCUCUGUUCCAGUUUCGCUUAUCGAAGCUGUUCGAACUUACUUUUUUUUUUGGUGACAUUAAACACUGCUGAAGAAGUUUUUCUUUUCUUUGUAACGGAAAAUAUUUGCUUCUUUUAUAUUUUAACGGUUUUUUCGGAACCACACUGGCGAUCCUGGCGGUUUGGUUUGAAUUGCGUAAGAAAUAGGGAUUAGUGUUAAACAUGCAUUCACUGUAACUGUGUUUCUGUGGUUGGAUACUAUGGGGAGGGGUUUUUUUGCUUCAACUCGUCGUCAGAAUUUUCCUAUUAAUAUUGUAUUUUUUCAAUUUGCUUUUGUUUGACUGCCACACACCUUCACAUUUGGUUUUUGCACAAGCUGUUUUAUAGGGGCAAACAGUGAACGGUAGCAAUAUUGACUCAUUACUUUCCUUCGCCUUUGCCCAAAGCUUUUUUUUUUGUUAGAUCGAGUAACUGUCAUGCAUUUUUCCCAACUGCGCUCAUGUCUGUAUUCUGAUGAUGGUUUCCUGGUUUAGCUGCCAAAUACAAGAUAUGAGUGGGUGGGGCGCAAUGAAUGUGGGCGUACGGUUGGGUAAGCUGGGUAUCAUCAUAACUAUUGCUCACGAACUGGUCUGGCGAAACUUAGUCCUGACUGUCGUUUCCUUCCUGAAUGAACUGCAGAUAUUCUCUUACUCUCUCUAUUUACUGUCACCCACUCGGUAUGAUACAUACAUCCACCCGCUGCUAGUUCGAUCAUGAGCCUGUGCACUAUUACUGCAACGCAUUCCGGGCGGGUUCAUAGUGCCCGGCUGGGCUGUGUGCCGUUUCGGGAGUCGAAACGGUCGAUAAAGUGUUUGGUUUGCUUUUAACUAGGUAACGUUUAUGUUUCGAUUAGUACAAAAAAUAGAGAAACGAUAGCAACACUCAAAACAAUCACUUCCUAUGACGUCACUGCCCAUCCGUUUACUUCAUUCUCUUGGCCGGUUGCAACCUCUUGUUCCGCAUGUGUGGGUCUGUACUGCAUUUUAUUUGUUUGUUUUCCCUCUUUAAAAAGAUUAAUUAUCGUCCUGGUUCAAACUGUGCAAUAAAUUCACAAUAACAGAAACAAAACGAACUUCUAAUCCACAAACCAAAACAACUGAGAUGAGGUGGUGCAUUAGGCGGUUAAAAGUAAUUCAAAAUUUAAUAACAAAAAUGAAAUUUAAAAAAACUAUAUAUAACAACAACAAACAACAAAUAGCGAAAUAACAAGAAAAGUCUAUAAAUGUAGCAAUGAGAAACAGAUAAGACAGAGAAUACUUUCUUCAAAAGCAAUUUCUGAAACGGUGUCGACUAGUUCGUUGUCAGGGAAAGCGUGUUCAGCGUGUGUAGAAUACGUUUGCUAAAAUGUCCUGACAAACUACCCAAUUCUUGGCCUUUUUUCCUUCAUCACGAUAGCGCACACAAUUUAAUACACCUUAUCAAUAAAUUUAAUUAUGAUCGCAAAAUGUGGGUCAACUAAUUACGGUUCCUUUAGCGGUAUUGAUAAUUGCUUACAGUUCUCUACUCAGUAACCGGCAAGAAAAAGGUACGAGAUUGUGUAAUAUACGCCCAACCCGCCUCCCCACAAUCGUUAGUAGUAGUAGUAAUGUGAAGUAGUACAAAAAUAUAUAUUUAUUUGCUCUCUCAGUGCGCCGAGCCGAGAGAUCGUGCAGGGUUCGACACGUGUACGACGACGGCAAACGGGAUUUUUUGUUUCGCUGAUGAAUUAUGUUGCGAAAUAACGCGCAUCGAAUCUUGCUGAUCGGGCUGUUGAUAUAUAACUGGCAUUCGAGUCUCUCUAGCGCUUGUAUCGUUUUGCUUCUUUUGUUACUCGAGACUUCAGGUACAAACACUUCGUGUCGUAAGACUGGUUCUUCAUUUCAACCUUUGCAUGUGACGAUUGGAUUUUUCUUUUGGUUUUUAAAGGAUAGGAAAUCGCUUCCAUGCAUGUACCCAUCUAACUAUACAGAACGUGCUCGCGCGUUCGCAUUCGUCUUUCGCUUUCGGUUCUGAUAUAUUUGCGUUCUUUAUAAUGCGGAGCGAAGAACACAACGAGCUUGACUAGAUUUACCCAAGUUUGUUGAAAACCUAAGCAACAAUUAACGAAUUCUCUUCUAUAGCGAGCAAGAACGAGAAAGCCGUUCCGUUUUUUAAAAAAAAGCUACAUUUUACAAAAAUACGAAAAAGCUUGAACAGAGUCAAAAUGUCAACAAACACUUACAUUCAAAUCAAUACUGCAUCAGUGAAUACUAUCGUACACAAAACAAAAACCCUCCAUGAGAUACAAGCUACAUUUACAUUUUUCUUCUUUUUAUCGACUAGGUUUAACGUGUUUGUUAGAGUAGGGGGGAGAUGAAUGAAGUAUCGUUUUGAUCAAUUCAAGUUGAAAAAAAGUAAUUUAAAAAAAAACAACAACAACAUUUAAAUCGCAACAAUCGAUAGUAUUAUUGCAGGCUACUUUUGCAGGGUUUUCCGGUGGUGGUAAAAUAUUUGCUUUACUUUUGUCUCCUCUUCAUUUUUGCUGUACAUUACUAUCGUUCCAGUUGACAAAUUUAAUUAUGAUCUUGAGCAUAAGCACAUAUCGCCGGCCAUAUUCUCAACACGACGAAAUGAAAUUUUCAGAUUUUAGCUAAUUUGUACUAACAGUACUGAUUUGUGUUCGACUAUCUCUCUGUGAUAAUAGAGCCAUGCGUGAUCGAAAGUAGUGGAAAACAAUUGCUCCCAUUUGCAUCGCAUUUAGUAGUUAGGUCUGCUACAUAAACUGCAAGAAAACAAGGCUACACUCCCAGAUGAUCUCGAUGGAUCGUGCUGCUCUUUUCUUAUCCCCCGGCACAACAUCAGCGUCAAAAGUUUUGUGUUGUUGAAAUUGUUGAAUUUAACUAUUCACGACCACAUGUUAGGAAAGCUACAUCACGGAACUAAACCAUUUGUUUAUCGAGUAGACUGUCUACUAAUUCACUAAGAAGAAUUUGCUAGAAACCUCGUUGAAUUUUGUGUGUGUGUGUGUGUGUGACUGACUGUUGUCGGUUUUGCAUCCCUGCUCUCCAGGCCCGGCUAGUUGGCCCAGAUAUUGAGAAACUGGGUGCACAAAAAUAUAACACUUUGUCUUACGUGCCCCGCUUCACUCAAAGAAGUAUCGCACGCAUUUUCACCAGACGUUUGGGGAGAUUUUUGAUUUACCCGUAGGAAAACGGUAUUCAAAAUGUACACCCGUACACCUGUACGUUCUAUUGGGAUAGAAAAAUAUACUAACUGCAGCCAUGCGGUACGUUACGAUGAGGCGCGAUAGGAUUAGGGUUAGGGUGAUUUAGUGAAUCAUUUUCUUUACGCCUGUCGUCACUUCGGUCACCUUGUUAGGUUAGUAUAGAAAUUCUACCAUUUCGUAUUAUUGUUAAAACGGGAGCUUCCGACGAUAACGUUGAUAAUUCUACGGUAGAGUUUAUCAUAAGCAUUAUUUGAUGUAUGUGUAAGUGCUUCGCAUUCCACGGUUUUGCAUUUCAUGGAAGAAGUAUGUUGAAUCUUUCCGAGUCAUGCGUAUGCGUUUGUAUCAACUCAAAACUAAUCAGAGAACCUGUUACAAAAAUACACCGAAACCGAAAAUCGAGCUUUAACCAAGAUGAACCAAACUCAGUGGCUUUCUUCACUUGCGGAGACGAGAUGCUGCCCCUCUGACCUUAAUUAUGUUUCUUUACCACCGGCGCUUACGGUGCCUUUUUAAGAUUUCAUCCUAAGCAUUACGAGAAAACUACGUUUUAUUUCGUUAAAAUUUGUAACGGUUGCUGGUUGUUUUUUCUUAGAAUAAAAUUUUUCCUUUCAAACAAUGUAUAUUUAUUGUAUUUUCUCGCUGAAGUAAUCGAUAAUAUUAAGCCGCUUUACUACACUUCCCUUUGCAGUUAGUGGUUUUUUUUUCGUUUCAAUAAUUAUGUUUAAAAAAAAAACAAACAAAUUCGGUACCCAUUUUUACCGAUGCAAUUUAAAUCGUCAUGUACAACAAUCGAAAAAAAAAUACCGAAAAUAGUCAACAACUUAGCUUGGAAACGAAUAAUGUAUCGGUUCAAACGUACGUAAAAUGUACGCAUCUCUGGUUGUUAGCUUGAUGUAACUGCUACCUGCUACAGAUUUUCCUAUAUGGCUUUUGCGCUACUUAAACCGUAAUCAAAAAUAUGCGUAACAAAAAAUACGUGUGAAGAAAAUUGGAACAUUAUUUAACGUAGCUUGUCUUCUCCGCACUUACAAAUCUGCUGUUUUUUUCUUCUUAAGUCAUUCGCUAGCUAAUAAGUCCUAUAGUUAUAGUUCGCUAAGAUUUGUUUUGCUUCUGAUAAACGUAGAUUUGCUUACGUUUUGCCUGCAUUGCACCGCAGGUUUGUCUUUUUUCCACUUUUGUUAAAUAUAAAAUUGUAUUAAUACAUCUAGUACACGCUUUCCUCAAUCAGGGGGUUGUGUGUUUUCAAGUCUGUUUCAAGUAGAUUUUGCUUACUAUUCACACUCAUGCUGUGCCUUGCUUUUUUUUGCUUGUUCUACCCAUCCAACGGAUGGUUAAAUUGAGUAAGUCCAAAACAAAAAGCACAAACAUUUACAAUUUUGUUUUUUUAUUUGGCUUUUACACGCUCCUCCAUCUCAUCAUAUUGUUUCAGUGGUUAGCGCGAUCAUACGUGUGUGUGUGUUUUAUUUAUGUUGCAAAUUCCUUGCUUGAUCACAAGGAAUAAUACCAGCAUGCGAUCCGACACCAAGUUACCGAGCGUCUUGCACAAACAACUAUAAAGCUGCGGGUGGCCUACUCCCGGCCAAACCAUUCCCGCUGGCCAUGAUAUACCGUUUUUUGUUUGUUUGUUUUUUUGGUUAGCGUAUUUGGGUUUUUAAUGGUUUAAAGUUUUAUAAAAAACGUCUUUUACAUGUGCUUAGUCAUAGUCAAAAGCCGGCGGAGCAAAACAUCGGUUUCUGCCUUGAUAUAGCCUACCUUCAGGCGCAAAUAUCGUUGCUGGAGAAGUAGCAGUAUGUCGUUACACGGUGCGAUCGUCUAAAUUGCAAUAAUGUGUUUCUAUAUUACAGUAAACCGAUCCGGUUUAGUUUUGUGUACUGGUUUAUCAACGCGUUCAACUUAAUGAUCGUCCGGUAAAGUAAGCAGACGCUAACACACACUACCUACUGGCCUGCUGGCCUGCUACACUUGCCGGCUGCAUCGUGAUGAGCUGUUCCGAACGGAAGAGGAUGCUAAUUUAAUUUACAUUUUGCUACUAUAUUUCUAAAAAAAAUCUGUCUAUCAAAAAGGAAAGUUCGCUAAAUUGCUAUAUAAAAUAUGUUGAUAUGGUCAAUAUCAUAUACAAAUCGGUUGGAUAAUUUUGAAGUAACGUUUUAAGCCAUGUGUGUUUAAAAGUAAGAGGGAAGAAAAUUUAUAACUCCUCACAAAACACACGAUCACAUACUUUGUACAGUAAAAUAUAGGGUGUCUUUUGUGUACCGUUUUUGUGUAUGUGUGUUUGCAUAUUGCUAAAAAGACUUUUGUUUUGUUUUUCGUUUCUAUCUACGCUAAUCUGGGUCCGUUUGAUGACUGAUUUGGAGAACGUAAUCUUUAAAAUGGCUCUUUUCGCCACUAUUUUCCAUCCUAUAUCUACACCAGUCUAAAUGGUAUGCUGCUGCUGCUGUUGCUGCUGUAAGCGCACGCUAUAUACGUUUUACAUGUUUGUAAAUGACCUAAAUAUAUAAUUCAUAUGCUUUACCUAGUUCAGAUCGUUCGGUUUACCGAGUUGUUAUGCAUCACUUUCGGUAAUCAUUUUUCUCCUGCUCUGCACUAUACUUUUGCAAGCACGUCAUACGAAACAAAUCGAAAGUGUGUUGUGCAUAUGUAUUAUACACUUGUUGCAUGCCUGUUUCAUCCAGUCGCAACUGUGUACAGCAGUGGUAAGAAUGGUUCCGAGAAUCACGAACGAGCACUUUAAAAAAGUAGCGAUUUUACACAGGAUCAUUCAGCUGCCAACAUGAUCAAACGUUUGUUUCGUAAGUACAACAAGAUGAGUGUAACCAAAAAUUAACCAAAAACCCAGCUACAAAAAGCCUUCCCAAUAAAUCACUUGCUGCUGAAACAAUUCAGUGAUAUGACACCGCUUUUUUUGUUUGGAUGAUUCAUAAAACUCUGUCCCCUACUUCAAAUUUGUCUGAUCAACGUCUUUUUAAGUGAUUUGCUACUGCUUCUAACCGUAAUAAAGUUAUUUCUUCAUCAUAUCAUACAUCGUGACGUUCCGCUGGUUUGAUUGCUAUUUAAAAUUGUCCGAUGCUUAUAAAU